AUGGGUAGUCGGGCCUCCCAUCGUGCCCUCUGCUCCCGCGCCUUCUGCUCCCGCGCCUUCUGCUCCCGCGCCCUCUGCUCCCGCGCCCUCUGCUCCCGCGCCUUCUGCUCCGGCUUCAAGUUCCGCAACCAGCUCCCACGCUUUGAUGGCACUCACUCUCAUAGUGACUGCCGUCACUGCUCUCUUCACGAUAAGAGCAUGAGCAGAAUGGUUUUUCAACUGAACCUCUGUGGCUGCUUGCGCGUCACUGAGUUUAUCUGGUUGAACUCAUCCUCCCCAGCUCUCUCCGUCAACAGCACAAGCUGCAAGUGCUUUAAAGGAUUCGUUCUGAGCAGCUUCUCCUGCUCCGUCUGCCCGGACUCUGACCCGGGAUCUACAAGCGAGGACAACUGCUACUGCAGGUCUGGCUAUGUCAGCGGGGUGAGGUUCUGCAAUCCUGGAUACACUGGAUCGGGCAACGGGCUCGACCCCUGUGUGCCCUCCUACAAGGGAGAGUUUGGGAACAUCCCUUGCACCUACUGCCCCUACAAUCUGUCCAGCCCCAACGCCUCGACAUCGAUCAAGGACUGCAUCACCUGCGAGAGGCUCUACAACAUCCUCUAUAAGUACGACAAUGAGACCAAGACAUGUAGGAUACCGCAAUCGCCACUUGUGACAGAGGACCAGUGCCCACAAUACUGGACAUUCCCCGAUGGCGUGACGCUAGUGAGGAUCUCCGACUGCUCGCCCAACUGCAACAAAUUCUUCAAGGGAAUCGACAACCACGACGAGUGGUACUACAAGGAUGGGCAGUGCCUACCCGUCAUCGACCAGGGCAACUGCACAGUGGCGGAGUACUUUGACAACACCGUCAAGGAGUGCAUUUUAUUGCACGCCCCAGCUGUUCAAGUGCCCCGCGGGGAAGACAUCGAGGAGCGGGGCAACCUUGAUCUGACGCUUGCCGCCAUCGAUGAAGACGCAGGGGAGGCGGGAGGGUGA